GCAACUGGUUUGGUUGAUUCAAAGUGUCAUUUCAUUUAAGGGUUCAUUGCUAAUGGCUCUUGCUCACAUGACAAAGUUUCAUAGAGUGGCUUUAACAUAGCUAACAACAUGCUGUACAGAUAAAACAGAUGUCCAUUUGAAUUCAGAAGCAACAAGACUUCUGACAGGCUGCAGAUGAAAAAUGUUGGCUCUUAGGUUCCUCAAGAUGUUUAAGUGCUACUGUAUAAGAGGGUGAAAAAGGGAAGUGCAGCAGUUGCUACAAACACAGUCAAACAACUCAAGAUACAGGAAGAGAAACUUACACAAUGGCCGCAUACGCAAAGACAAAAAUAUUCUACAUUUCAAUCGGGUUUUGGCUCAUUUUAGGUGUUGAAUGCUACGACGGUUGGUCAAACCAUACAUUAACUAUUUAUACCGGAGGAUCUGUCACCAUCCCAUGUUAUUACGACAAGAAAUACACACAGCAGAAGAAAUACUGGUUCUCAGAGAUUGAUAAAUCUAAUACAUACACAAACACAACAGAGCAGAAUCUGUCAGUAAUUGAUCAUCCUGAUCAGAGUUUCUUUACUGUGACUAUGAGAAACCUGCAGAACAAACACAAUGGAAAUUAUUAUUGUAUUGUGGAGACUGGAGAACAACCACCGACAAAAAUAAUAUAUGAGCCUUAUCUCAAGAUUCAAUCUGCUCCUGAUGUGUUUGUGGUGAACAGCAGCAGUGUAUCUGGACAUGAAGGUGGUGAUAUCAGUGUUCAGUGUCUCUACAGUUCUGGAUAUAAGAAUAAAUCCAAACAGUGGUGCAGAUAUAAAGAUCAGAGCUGUUACACAGUGGGGAGGACUGACACAUCCCAGAAUUCAUCAGUGCAGGUCAGUGAUGAUGAUGGGAGAAGAUCCUUCACAGUGCUGAUGACUGGACUGAGACUGACUGAUUCUGGCUGGUACUUCUGCUCUGCUGGAGAGGCACUGAGUCCUGUUCACAUCACUGUAGCGGAGACAGAACCAGGCACUGUCAGUGACAAAGAGUUAGUAUUUAAUCCUUUCUCUGUAAAUGGCUUUCCUUUAUAAUCAUCUUUGGGGAAUUAAUCUAUAUUAUUCUCUGGUUUAUUUCAUGACUAACAGUCAUUUCCUUGUUGCUAUGGCGAUAUUCUUCCCUUUCUCCUCCUUUUUGUCUUUGCAGAAAUCAAACAGCGAUUCUCAAGAAUCAUAAUAAUGAAACAAAAGAAACAGAGAAGCCACCAAACAAUGAACUCCUGAUUGUGUGGCUUCUUCCAGCUUUAGCAGCACUUCUGCUGUUAUUGAUUCUGGUUGGUGUUUUCACCUGG